GUGUGUGUGUGUGCGUGCGCGCGCAUUCUUGUUAUUAUGUUGUAGGUGUGCUCUGAUGGUCUGAUACAGCAGUAUAGUAUAUUAGAUGGUGUGCAGAAAAAUAUCAAUCAAAUGAAUGACUGUCUCAUCCAGUAUUAAAUGACAUAGACAUCUGUCCCACUAGAUUACUGUGAUUAGACCCCUGAUCGCCCUUUCUACCACCUCCGGCUUGGCAGCACUGACUGUGGCGAGAGCUUUUCACUGAUGGUGCUGUUACGGAACAUGACUCCUCUGUGAGAAAGCAUGAAUCAACAUCAGCCAAGUAAGCAGAAGGCUUCGAAAUGGGCUAUUACGUCGGUGUUCAAGUGUUCUAUUAUUCGUGUCCAGUUGGAAUGGGGUGGUGCGUUUCACAUCAGCACUAUUACGGUAGGCGUAUAGGGAUAUUGCAGUAUUUACGGAAGGCAAGUUGUGCGCUACGGUUCAGUUUUCCCCUCUGCAGCUGUCAUCGUGCAGGUGGAAUCUGCGUUUCGACGCGUGGCUUGUAGGGUUUACGUCCAUCUCCCUGUUGUGUAUUUCAUGCAUAGGCCUAAACUAGCCUAAUCUAGAAACGGCUAUUCCGUAUUGAGAAGCAAAACCACUCGUUUGGACUCGAGGGAAAUGUAGACUAUUCUUUCAUAGGCUUCUGCGACUGUUUUUUUUCUGAGGAAGAUUCACAUUAUAUGAAUGCACCUUCACAGCGAGCCAUUGGACUUAAUCGCGAUAACCUUUCAGUGCGAAUUUAACAUAAUACAGACCAGUGAAUGUGUAUUUAUUUCAAUUGAUGAGCGCAUAAUCUCAAUAGAUUGUAACAGCGCACUAACUUCACAGCAUCGGCGGUGUUUGCAAUGGUAUUGGGCUCUUUUCUAUGACCUCAACAGGACCAUAGUAUAAUAGUGUUUCUCAAUGUUCUGUCUGUUGAUAAAACUAAAAGGACCUAGUGCAUUAUUUAGCCUAUUAUCUCUGGCGCAUCGAUUGGAGAGGAGUUGCGUAGGAUGCCAGACGUUGCAAUUAGAGGUUGCUGUUAUUGCAGUUUGACAGACAAGGAUAUCCAAGAAUCACAGAGGACGUAGUGUGCUUUUGACUUGACAAAGAACGGAACAAUAUGGAUGAGGGCACAGCUGCCAAAGAGUCUAUUCCAGAUUUAAAAGAUUUAGAGGUGAAAAUCGGAUGGAAGACACCUGAGGGUUUGCUCAAGUGCAUGCGGGAAGAGGCGUCCAGCCACCGCGGAGAUGUCAAGUUGAAUUCACUGGAGACCAAAGACCGAGACAUCACGGGCAGGAGUCUGGAUGAGAAGAUUCGAAAAUUAAAAGUUGAUAUGGCCCACCUGCGCUCGAUGGACGUGAAGAUCCUGCAGCAGCUGCUGGCAGUGCACGAGGGGAUCGAGGCAUGUAAGUGGCUCCUGGAGGAGCGCGGCACCCUGACCAGCCGCUGCAGCAGUCUGACCAGCAGCCAGUACAGCCUGGGAGAGGGCCCUGGAGGAGACACCUGGAGGGGCAGCUGGAGCAGCCUGCAGGACCCCCUCAAUGACAAGCUGGAUAACAUCUCUAUAGGCAGUUAUCUGGACACCCUUGCUGAUGACAUGGACGAGUACGGCCCUUCUAGUUCUGAGUCUGUGCUGUGUUCUACUCCACUGGGGACUGUGACGCCUACUCGGCCUGGGGCAGGGGCUGGGAGAGUUUCUGGAGCUGGAGAAGGGUCAGUGGCUAUGGCAGGGGUUGGGUCUGGAGCUGGGGUAGGACAAGGCACAGGGGGCAAGGUAGUUGUUGAUCCUGGCUCUCCCCAAGUCAAGCCAGACGUUCCAAAUAAGGAGUCUUCCAUUUGGAUUAAGGCCACAGAGGCAGUGAAAGGAACCACCAUCACCAAGGAUACCAAGGACCCCGGCCAAACCCAGCAGCCCAGUAAGAGCAACGGCGCCCUGGAUAAAGCAGUCAGGCAAGCACGAGGACCUACUGAUUCAGCCCGGGUCUGCCUGGCUGAAAAGCUGGGGAAAAGCCAGAGCCCCAAACUCAAACCCUAUAAGAAUGGCAAGAUAGACGUAGAUGCCUGCAAGAUGAACGGCAAGAUGCACCUGGGGUAUGAUGCCCACUGGCGAUGGGUGCAGUCGCAGGACGAUGUGACAUUUCUAUGAGGUGGAUAUAUUACACCACUUCCCUCUAAAAAAUGCUGGGUUAAAAUCAACCCAAUUUGUGUUAUUUGGUUACGAAGUGCUGGGUAAAUGUUGGACAGGACACACGCUGGGUUAUUUUGACCCAGCCAGUUAGGUUGUGUGAAUAACUUAGCAUGUUGGGUUGUGAUUACCCAAACAUGGGUUCAUUUAACCAUCAAUUAGGUUAUUUUCAUUUUCAUGCUGGGUUGAACAGCUCUUUUAAUAUGUAAUCCAUAGGUUAUUUUCAGGAGGUGUGACUUAUUAGGUGUGUGGGUUUCAGAUAGUUAUUUUUCGCCACCAGUGAAAAUAAAUGUAAUUAUUGUUCAUAAUCUUAAAUACAGAGCUAAUUUCAAUUUUCAUGAAAGAAAAUACACAUUUCAUAUUGUAAUAUAUUAUUAAUAACAUAAUUUUGUACGUAUUGUUACAUAGUGGUAAGUAUACCAACAUGGGGUUUUGCAUAGGCUUUUAAGGAACUCUUAGACUUUUGUAAGCUUCAUUAAAUCUACUAAAGUGUCAGUGUACAACCUUAACCUUCUGAUAUCAGAACAGAUAAACCGGAAUGAUGUUUACUCUCACGGGUGGCCAAAAAUAACUAUAUGAAACCACGGCCCUACCUACUGUAGUCGCGCUUCCAGUCUUCUGACCUGUCCGCUGGGUCUCAAUAACCCAGCAUCAAUAACCCACCAACAACAACAACUCAACCUUGCUCUUUUUAAAGAAAACAACCCAACUAAAUGAACCAAUGCCUGCAACCUAGCAGUUGGGGCAUCUAAACAACCCAGCAUUUUUUUCGUAAAGACACUUUUUCCCCUCCCAUGUAACGACCCUACCGGUCAAAUAUUAAGAGAGAGGUUGAUUGCACAUAUUAUACAAACAUCUACCAUUUCCAUGGUAUAAGAUAUCAGGUGUGAAGGAGAACACAGCAUCAUUACAUUAUGUUCUAUUCACUCUAAAUGUGGCUGCACUAACUUUCUAAAACAUUGAUGUCAGUAUUAUAUUGGGGAUGAAGCACAGUGUUGAUAUUUUUCUGAAUCAAGUUUGUUUUUGACAUGUUUAUCCUCCUUUCCUCUAUGCAUUGUAACAUACAGUACCAGAGAAAAUGAACAAUUUACCAACAGAAAAAAAUAUAUUUGUUACAAUCACUCGCAUCUAUAGAACUUAGUUUGCCCUCACAACCCCAUGUCAAAAUGAUUGUAACACACUAUAGAUAGUGGAACCGUUCUCAUACAUACUGUAGGUGUAUGUACCAUCAUAGAAUGCUAAGAGCAUAUAGAAUGUCCCUACUGUUUGCACACGUGUGCUAUUGUCAAUGUCCUACUACCUACAGUACUUAACCAGUCAAUGCAAUUUGUAUAAUCAGUGAAUCGCAAUACAAUAAAUCUGUGCAUCGGGUACUUCUGUGGGUGGUUGUCGUAGAAAAAUGUCUCUGGCUGAGUGUUAAUUAUUGUCUCUUUUUUAACUGUACACUAUUUUUGUUUCAUUUGGACAGCAGUUGAUGUGAUUGGUGUCAUCCUAAACUAUUAUGCCUGUAUCUCCAGUCCCAAGAUGACUGCACUGUUGUUCUGAUAAUCCUGAUCGUUUAAAUGACUGAUUCUGUC